AUGUUCUCCGCCCGUGGCGCUGCCGAUCCGUCGACAGAAUCACUGGUUGACCUUGCAAACUUCUGCUGCCGAUGUCUAAAUAUCCCUACGAUUAUCAAAAGUGCUGGCGAGGUUGACGCAAUGUACAUUGUAAUGGUUUAUAAACAUCUUUAUGCAAUUGAUGAUGAUUCCAUUGACCCGUUUCAUUCUCUCGAUGAUGUGUCCGAUCGCAUCCGCUACAUACGCGAUGAACUGAGUUUGGUUUUAAAAGAAGACCUCGAUCACAUAAAAGUCCACUCACUUACUCAAGGCGAUACGACUGCAAUUUUCUACCUCCUCGAAAUAAUCGCCGCCAUGAUUGCUCUCUGGGUGUUUCCGAAACAUGAUUUAAUAAACGAAAACUCCGAGCUACUUUCAAAUUCGCCACCAUUAGGUAAGUUAGUGCAUCUUCUGGAUGUUACCGUUUGGAAGUAA